ACUGAUUCUUUGUUCAUUUUUUAAUUUCUAGGUGUUGGUAAAUCGUGCUUAUUGCUACAGUUUACAGACAAGAGGUUCCAGCCAGUGCAUGACCUCACAAUUGGUGUAGAGUUUGGUGCUCGAAUGAUAACGAUUGAUGGGAAACAGAUAAAACUUCAGAUCUGGGACACCGCAGGGCAGGAGUCCUUUCGUUCUAUCACAAGGUCAUAUUACAGAGGUGCAGCAGGGGCUUUACUAGUGUAUGAUAUUACAAGGAGAGACACGUUCAACCACUUGACAACCUGGUUAGAAGAUGCCCGUCAGCAUUCCAAUUCCAAUAUGGUCAUCAUGCUUAUUGGAAAUAAAAGCGACUUAGAAUCCAGGAGAGAAGUGAAAAAAGAAGAAGGUGAAGCUUUUGCACGAGAGCACGGACUUAUCUUCAUGGAAACUUCUGCCAAGACUGCUUCCAAUGUAGAAGAGGCAUUUAUUAACACAGCAAAAGAAAUUUAUGAAAAAAUCCAAGAAGGGGUCUUUGACAUUAAUAAUGAGGCAAAUGGCAUUAAAAUUGGCCCUCAGCACGCUGCUACCAAUGCAACACACGCAGGCAACCAAGGCGGACAGCAGGCAGGGGGAGGCUGCUGUUGAGUCGUUGUCACCGGCUAGCUGCCCAGUGGAGCCACGCACUCUGUCCCCCUCUUUCCUCGUGCCCAGCUGAGACAUGAAACUAUCCGAAAUGGCUUUAUGUCACAGGAGGCUUUAAUCCUUCAGAUUCUUGUAUAACUUUGAAUAAAUGGUUAAUGUUCACUUAAAAAGACAGAUUUUGGAGAUUGUAUUCAUAUCUAUUUGCAUUUGAUUUCUAGGUCAAUUGAUGUGAUUAUUUUUGUUAAAUGUUGUCUUGUGCCCUUGACUACGAGCUGAAUUGUAUUAAACACUACAAAGUCAUGGUGAGUAUUUUAAAUCAGUUUGUGUAGUUAGGUUUCCCAACAUCUGUGGUUACCUAAUGUUUAAUAUGAUAGGACUGUCCUCAGAAGGUCUGUCAGUUUUCAAGGAUAUGAGGAAAAGCAGAAGGACUCUUUGAAUUCUGUAUUUAUCAUUUGCUUUCUGUAUAUAUAGUUUAAUAACCUGCUUGGGUGUGAUUUGCCAAGCUUGAAGUCUAAUGCAUUUGCAUAAACCCUACACUGUUCGGAGCUUGAAGCUACAGAAGCAUUGUUAGGAAUUGCUUGGACACUGACUUGUAAACUUUUUGACAUCGCUAAUGAGCAUGCUCAUCUCUUGUCACUAGUCCAAGAAAAAUAAGCUUAUUGUAUUACUAAAGGCUGUGUGUGUGUGUUAACCUGUUUUAAUGCCAAAAGUUUGCUAUUUGUCCACAAUUUCUUGAGACAGCUUCACAGAAGGAUUUGUUUGCCUUAAUGAGUGCUGUUGGGUAAAAACAGUGUGGUGGGUAGGAAGGGCGGAAGCGGAAACCCCAACACUAAGUGACUCCGAGGGCACGCCAUGCCUCUUUACCUUCCCCAGACACAAUAAUGUUCCCUUCCAGUCACACGGUUUCUAAGGAUAUUUUUCAUGCAGGACAGUUUGUCAGCCUUGAUGUACAGUGACUGUGUAAAAUUUUUCUUUCAGUGGCAACCUAUCUAUAAUCUUUCAACUAUGGUAAGCUUACUGUCUGUUCUAAGGGGAUGUGAUGAAAAUAAAUCUACCAGAUGGAAAUCCUGUUGAAGUAGAAGAGCUUUAGUCGUUUGCUCUGUGGUGGUUUAUCCUUUCUUUUUCUCCCGUGGUCUAGAAUGGAAUUGUUUCAGCAGUGCAAAAUAAAAUCCUGUGUAUAAAAGCGG